AUGAUGCCGCGGGUGGAGGCGCUCGCCGCCGACCGCGCGCGGCUGGAGGCCGUCAACGCGCUGCAGCACGAGUCCUGGCCCCUGGGAGGCCCGCGACGUUCGCCUCCAGUGGCGCCUCCUCAAGGUUGCUACCGGACUGCUACCCUUGUCUGCUGCACUGAAUAUAGAACACCUAAUUCCCUAAAGAGUGAAAAUGAGGAUCUAAAGAUUUUAUACAAGUGUGAGCUGGAAAACGAGGAGCUUAAGAUAAGAGCCAACGACCGGGAGGAGGAGGAGGACGCACGGCAGCGUCAGAAUCAGCGCGUCGGAUCCGGCCGAGGCUUACGUCGACACGGAUGCGGAGGCUCUAGCUGCAGCCGCCGCGCUCUAUGCCCCGCCCCUGCUCGCCGAGCCCUGCCUCUCUGGAUCUCCAGCAAUGGAGGUCGCUUCUGGCAUGUUCCGCAAGUUCAAAACGAAGAAGAUCUCUGUUUGCACAGCCCUUCAGGGGAACAAAUGGAUUUCUGCACUCCGUUAGGUCAACACCACCGAGUUAGUUCAUGAAUCCAUCAAAUUAUGGUUGUUGAUCAGAGAGGUGCAAAUACCACAGGCCAAGAUGUCGUCUCCUGGUGUUGGACAACAGAUGGAAUGUAUAUGACGCGCUCAACCUACAAGGCAAUGUUCUGGGGCUCUUACUCGAGCACUUGCUCUCGAACUUUCUGGAAGGCUUUGGCUGAAAACAAAGUAAAAAAUUUCUGUUGACACCUGUCGCUUGGGAGGAUUCUGACCGCGGACAAGCUGAUCCAGAGAGGAUGGCAAGGAAGCGAGAUUUGUUCGAUGUGCAGUUCACAGGAGGAGUCAGUGGAGCAUCUUCUUCUGAACUGUUAUUUUGCUCGCCAAGUUUGGAGGAGGAUCGCGGCUUGGUCUUGUUUCGAUUCGAGACAUUAUGACGUGAAGAUGGCCUCCGGGAGGGCACGGUGUACUCCUGGUGGCUGGAGCGAGCCUGCCAAAUCCUUACGACCAACCAGCGAAAGUUUGAUGGGACUGUUGCUUACACAAAAGAAACUUUUCAAAGAAAGCUCUUCAAAAAUGUUCUUCUUCAAA